GGCGGGCGGUGUGGGCGCGGCGUGUGCGGCAGGCUGGGCUGCACCGCAGCGCAUACACUACAAUGGCUGCUGGAAAGACGGGAAAGCAAACAAUUUCCAGGCCCGCCGCGUCCAGCCCGAAAUAUGGGGAAAAAAUUACAGAAAAAUCGGAGAACACUGUAAAGGGUGGAAACGGGGCGCAGAGGGGAUGCUGAGGCUCCCGCGACCAGUAAAAAUGGGAAGUACUGGAUUCUGGUUUCCUCCAAGAAGAGUCAGCGGAACUGGUUAAGAGCAAAAUCUGAGGACUUUAGUGGGCAAACAUCAGUCCCCUUUUGCUUUCUUUUACGACCACAUGAAACUUGAGAAGCCAUCUAAAGCUAAAUCAUUUAGUGGAGUUGGGCAAUUCCCAAGUGUCCAACAAGAAGGCCUGGUUUAGGCUGCGAUGGCCACUGUCAUUCCUGGUGAUUUGUCAGAAGUAAGAGAUACCCAGAAAGUCCCUUCAGGGAAACGUAAGCGUGGUGAAACCAAACCAAGAAAAAACUUUCCUUGCCAACUGUGUGACAAGGCCUUUAACAGUGUUGAGAAAUUAAAGGUUCACUCAUACUCUCACACAGGAGAGAGGCCCUACAAGUGCACACAACAAGACUGCACCAAGGCCUUUGUUUCUAAGUACAAAUUACUAAGGCAUAUGGCUACUCAUUCUCCUGAGAAAACCCACAAGUGUAAUUAUUGUGAGAAAAUGUUUCACCGAAAAGAUCACCUAAAGAAUCACCUACAUACACACAAUCCCAACAAAGAGGCCUUUAAGUGUGAAGAAUGUGGAAAGAACUACAAUACCAAGCUUGGGUUCAAACGUCACCUGGCUUUGCAUGCUGCAACAAGUGGUGACCUCACCUGUAAGGUAUGUUUGCAGACUUUUGAAAGCACAGGAGUGCUGCUGGAGCACCUAAAAACUCAUGCAGGCAAGUCAUCGGGUGGAGUGAAGGAGAAAAAACACCAGUGUGAACACUGUGAUCGUCGGUUCUACACCCGAAAGGAUGUCCGCAGACACAUGGUAGUGCACACUGGAAGAAAGGACUUCCUCUGUCAAUACUGUGCACAGAGAUUUGGGCGGAAGGAUCACCUCACACGCCACAUGAAGAAAAGUCACAACCAAGAACUUCUGAAGGUCAAAACAGAGCCAAUGGACCUUCUAGAUCCCUUUACCUGCAAUGUUUCUGUGCCUAUUAAGGAUGAGCUGCUUCCAGUGAUGUCUUUACCUUCCAGUGAACUGACAUCAAAGCCAUUUACAAACACUUUGCAAUUAAAUCUCUACAACACUCAGAUUCAGUCCAUGCAGAGUUCUGCAUCUGCACACCAAAUGGUUGCCACAUCGUUACCAUUGGGAAUGCCUUGUCCAAUAGAUAUGGAGUCUGUCCACCCUUCUCACCAGCUAUCAUUGAAAUAUCCGCUCGGUACUACCUCAUACGCAAUUUCUAUGCCUGAAAAAGAACAGCCAUUGAAAGGGGAAAUUGAAAGUUACUUAAUGGAGUUGCAAAGUGGUAUGCCUUCUUCAUCCCAGGAUUCUCAAGCAUCUUCAUCAAAACUAGGGCUGGAUCCACAAGUAGGGCCACUAGAUGAUGGGUCUGGGGAAGUUUCCCUUUCCAAGGGCUCUGUUCCUAUUAGUGAACCUCUAAACGCCCCAUCAUUGGACUUUUCUCAGCUGUUCAACUUCAUACCUGUAAAUGGCCCUCCCUAUACUCCUUCUGUUUCAGUGGGAAACCUCGGAAUGAGUUAUACGCAAGAAGAGGCACAUUCUUCUAUGACUCAACUUCCACCACAAACCCAGGAUCCACAAGAUCCUAGCAAUAGUAUAGGUCUUGGGUCUCUGCACUCAUUAUCAGCAGCUUUCACAAGCAGUCUAAGCACAACCACCACCCUACCACGAUUUCAUCAAGCUUUCCAAUAGGAUGUACAAAGCUGGCUUGUUACUGUCUAUUUGUAGAAAUGCCUUAGGUGACCAUUUUUAACUUAGUGCCUACUAUAAGACAUUAUAAAUUCUCUGCUUUUGUACAGUACCAAUCUCAUGAAGCCAGUAAGAAAUUUAAAUUAACUUUUUUAAAAUGUUUUGAAAGUGUUUAUUCUCAGCUGUGUUUACUUUGGUUUUUGUUUUGGUUUUUUUUUUUUAAACAGUCUCAUUGUAUUGUUUUCAUAUUCACUGCCAAUUUACACAUUUAAAAUGUUCAGCAGAAAGUCAUCCCAAGCAAACUCUCAACACUCAUCCCUUUUUUUAGAAGUUUUUUAACCAUACCAGUUAUUCCAUUUUGUUGAUGUCAGUGGUAGAACUGCCACGUUUAACUUUUAAUAUAUUUUACUAUUUGCAAAUAAUCCAGUUAAAAUAUGUAUCACAAAUAUUCCUGAAGAUUUGGGAAAAAAAAUCUCCAGUCCAUUUCCAAACAAAUCCUCUUCCCAAAUGGUGACACAUCUGACCUGUUCUAUAAUGACAAAUCUAAAUUUUUUAAAUAAAUAUAGAAUUCAGAUUUUUCUGAAAACUUGUGUGUGUAUAUAUAGAAGUCCAUAUAUACACAUGUACAUUUAUACAGCAUUUUGACUUGUAUUGAAGUCAUUAUAAAAGUUGUUAAGAAUUUUGCCAUUUUCUGGCUUAAAUUUUUGUGGCCUGUUAUGGAUAACAGAAAAAAAAAUUACUUCUCUAAAAUUAUGGCUGAAUAGAAUUUCAACAGAGAAUCUCUGCUUGCCUAGUUGACAAAUGUUUCAAGUUGAAUUUGGAACUGUGUUGUUGUGCUUUUAUGACUCUGGUAUAGGGAAACAGGCAAAAUUAAUGGCUGAUCUUGAAAUAUAAAAGUGUUGUAAUGUAGUAAUGCAGAAUAUUUUGUCGCAGUUUUUGUUUUAAUUCUUAACUUGCUGAUUUUUCUCUUUAGUAGCAUAGAAAGAGUACUGCAUAGGAAUCUUCCAGUAGUGUAUUCACAUUGUAGGCAUCAGUCUUCUCCCAGCUGCCACCACCAAAGGGUGGAUCAAGUCCAGCCAGAAAGUGUGUAUCUAUUUUCAGUUCAAAAACUAGUGUGCAGUCAGAGAGUGAAUGUAAAUUUGCAACUACCAGGUUUUUGUUUUGGAUUUUUUUUUUAUCGGAAUGAUCUUUUCAGUUGUGUUACAUGGUGUGUUAUGUCCUCCUAAGCAACAAGUUAGAUGUUAAUCACACUUUCUACACCUGGGUACUUGGUUAGGGACUUUUUGCCCGUUGCCAAGAUUUAAAGACAGGACUCUUAGGAGUGAAGUAAAAGCAUAUUGCUUACACCACUUUUACCUAAUGCAAUAUAUUCUAUUCCCCAACCCCUAAUAACCAAAAGAGGAAAAAAAAAAACCUAAAAAAACAACCAACCCUGUGAUGCAUAAGAGCAAACUAGAUUUGCUGUAAUUCAACAAUAACAUUAUUUUCCUUGUCAUUUUUGUACAAGGAAUUAAAAAAUAGAAAUCAAGUACAUUAGUAUCUCUCAAACAAUAAUGAGGAUUCGUACAAGGUUUUAAGUGGUUAAACUAAAUAUACUUCACAGAAACAAAAGUUGCUCCCAUUUAAGGAGCUCAUGCUCCGGAUGUUUUAUCAGUAGCUCCUACUGUUUUUUUUUAAUUCUAGGAGCAAUAUGCAGGUGUAGUUUUACUAUUUUAUACAUAUGUGUAUUUAAAUUUUAUUACUGAAAGAUAACAUUUUUAUAAAUGUGUUUGUGUUCCAAAGGCAUUAAAAUAAGGAUGUAUUAAUAAGGAAAAUACCUUUUGAAAUUCUGCAAACUACUCCUAGAUUUUGGGGUUAGGAGCAUGUUAUCUCAAAGUGGGCUUUUAGCUCUGCUUCACAACUGCUUCUUCUGGUUUCUGUGAAACAGAUUGCUCACUUACUUACAUCUUUAGUUGAAUGAUUUGUUCAAUAUUGCUUUUUUUCCCUUCACUUUUCUAACGGAAAGAAAAAAAACAUGAACAGAGCACAAAGUGAAUGCAACCGAAUGUAACUUUAGUCUAAAUGAGCAACUAUAAUGCAUCUAGAAAAAACUUGGGUUUAUUCUCAAUCUUUUUAAUCAAUCUGAGAUGAAGAUAAAUGGACUUAAUUCCCCCAGUGGGUUAUGUCCCGUGUGGAGCCAAGCAUCUGCAACUCUCCCUGCAGUAGAGGAAAGCUGCAAGUGCUUGUCAUCCUGCAGCUGGCCCAGCAGUGCAACCAGGCAGCACUGCCCAUCCUGGGUAGCCUCUGGCUCACAAAUUUCCAAUCUGUAGCCACUGUUUAUCAGUCUCAGUUGCCAAAAGACUUCAUUAGAAAACAAAACCCAACAGACACUUUGCCAACACCUGUUUCUUACUGUGUAGCCAGAACCCUUACUACUUCUUCAUUUGUGCCUUAGCUUCCUGAAAAGGGAUUGACAUUUCCCUUUGGAGUUAGAUGUACAUUUCACUUGAGAAAUAGGGACCUCAGACAAGAUAUUGAACCUCAUUCAGUCAGGGUUUCAGUGGGUGGAUGCACCCGGCAUGUUUGCAGCUGAACUAGGAUGUAGGGUAAUGUGGAAGCAGACUGACCCUGUAAGCAAUACCACCGCCACCGAGUGCUUUUGAGCAUCACUUAGGCAGAGUCAAUAUUGGCCACUACUAAACCAUCAGUUUUUAAACUCUGGUUUUUUUAUUUCAGAUGGAUUCUUGGUGGGAGGGGGGAGGGCUGGCUGAUCAUGCACCACUCUUUGUGCAACUUCUAAACUUCUAGUAAGGUUGUUUUGGUUUUGGUUUUUGUUGUUUUUUUUUUUUUUUUUUUAAAUAUAUAUAUUUUUGUGUACUUGUUGCUUGUGCUUUAUUUAGUAGUAAAUUGUGGAAUAGAGUGAUUUAUUGUUAAUUUGGCAGUAGCGGUUUUUAAAAACCAUAUACUGACUGAAACAUGAGCCAGAGCUGAUUGCUUUAUUAAGCUAAUAAUGAAUGUUAAGAGUACAUAUUUUCAGGAUCAUUUGCCUAGUGAGCUAAACUUGUAUUAUAGGCCAAUAUUUUUUAAAAUAAAGCUUGGUCAACCUCUAUGUUACACAUAUUACAAGAUAUAGCACUUUCAAAAAGAAAACCUAAACCUUUUAAGAAAAUUUCUUACAGGUUAUGCUUUUUAUUAUAAAACCUUUUAUUAUAAUUUGUUUCAAGUGCCAUUAGAUUACAUAUAUGUAGGCCUUUGGUAUAAUGCUUUGUGUACAAAAUGGUAGACAUUGUAAUUUUAAACAGGUACAUUUUUACAGUGUUUUCUUAUCAAUUUGCUAUAUUGCACAGAACCAGUGUGUCUUUCUUAAGGGUUUUACAAUGGUUUUUACUAGGUUUACAUGUUUCAAACUACACUGUCUUCUACUGCCAUUUUGAAUACCAGUCAAAAACAAAUAGGAGUUUGUCCUCUCCGUUUGCAAACUGUGUCCUCUGGAGUUCUGGAUGGUAAACUAUGUCAAAAAUGUUUAACAUGCAGUAUUUGAUACAGAUUUUUUUUAUCAUAUCCUAUCAUUGCUAUGCUGCUGUCUGAAGUUAACUUAGGGCCUGAUCCUGCAUCCGUAAACGUCAAGGGCAGCAGGAUUGCAUCCUUUGUUAUGUCUGUCUCAUACACUGGUUUAGCAGCUUCUCCUGUAUUCUUCUCAGUCUAUAGAUAAGCCUCUGAAAUAUAUGUACUUCUCUGGUAUGUAGUAAACCUUAUAGGCUUAGCUGCCCAUCCUGCAUCCUCCCAGUGUACAGUUAAAACCACAGCUUACUUAGCAUCAUGCUCAACUUACAAGUAAUGCCACAGUAGUUCAAAAUGUGUUUGGGUAGUCCCAAAGCUUUUAUGCAAUAAGGGUGUCUUACUUUUGUUGGAAGGCAGUGUCUUUUGAUAACAGUUAUCUAGCCCUGGAAGUGACACAGAACUAUUGCUAAUCAUAUGUAAACACUUUUCAGUAUAAGCUUCAGUGGUACAGUUGAACCAGAGUGAAUGUUUAUCUCCUCAGAAACACUCCUGCAAUAUUGUUAUAUUGGAUCAUGCUGCUAAUGUAACUUGGGAUACAACUCCUCUCAUGGUGCUACAAACCUCCCUGUCUCAUUCAGAUGUAUUUUUACCCAUAGAAAAAGAGGACUAUACUAGACCUAUAGUUGUAUGAUAUAUUUUUAUACUGUGACUUAAUUUGUCAUUAAUGAACUUUGUGCAACACCACAAUGUAUUCAUAUGCACUUGCAAAAGUAAAAUUUUGGACAUGCAAAUUUAAACGCUGACAAGCCUAGCUCUUUUUCACAAAAAUAGGUGACUGCUAGUUAAUGUUAAAUGCGGGCUUUUUAUAUGGUGUGGAGUGAAGAACAUACUAUAUAUUAUUAAAAGCCUUUGGUUUUAGACAAAAACUGGGAAAAGUAUAUUGGGGAAUGAUGACACACCCUAACCUGAGUCAGAUUGCUGAAAUUAUAUUUUUAGCUAGGGGAAAAAUUGUUUGGACUUGUUUGCUAAAAUGUUUUUAAUGAUAAAAAUUUUGAGUCAAAAAAUAGAGAAAAAAAAAAAGAACACAGAAAACCCUGCAUUCCAGACUGAAUUUGUAUAUGUUUCUUGCAUUUAAAAUUUGCUAUCCUGUGAUAUGGGAAAUUGAGUUGCUUAUCAUGUAUAUGUACUUUAAAAUGUAUUCACAAACUACUGUUGUAUUUGUAUAAAAUAUAGACAAAAAGAUUGCAUAUAUAUUUUUGUGUAUAAGCUCUGUAAAAUAGCAAUCACAUUAUGAAGCUGCAGCAGAACUUCAUUUUAAACACUCACAUCCAAAGAAACAGACUAUUUAUUGUCCACAUACCCUGAUUAUAAAAUAUACCUUGCUGCUAUUAAACAAUAGUGCUGCAGCUUCUUGUGGCCUACAGUGUUAUGUUUGCUGUACAAAAAUAUGUGAACUCCACAAAAUAUAUCAAUAAAAUUACAGAAUGGUUUUAGUUAAUGAAUAACUUAUGCCUGGCAUUUCAAUAGUUAAUCUUGAUCUGCGUGUUUGGGAUUACAGUAAGUAAUUACAGAAUACAUCCAGUUUUGCUGGGUGUAGCUAUUCUGAGUUUGCAAAGCGGAACUGUCUUUCCAAUUUAUGACUGGUAAAAUGUCAGUUUUUCAGAAAAUAUUAAAGCACAAAUAUCCGUGUUUCAUGAUUUCACCAAGGAACAAAUGGGAUGAUGCUACUGUGUCUGUGACAAGACAGAUCUGAACUGAAGGAAGCAAUUGAACUUGCCAUCAAAUUACACUUUGAAAUGCUGUGAGACACUGGAAGGUGAGUGUGGGAUUUCUGUAGUGGGACCACUCAUUUGGGAGACAUAGGUGAGUGAUUGUCUUAUUGUUUCAGAUUAAUCCAAAUCAUUUACAUCGAUUGUUAUGGUUUACAGGACAGACUUUAAGGAUGUGGCAUGUGCUAAGCAUGCCAGAGGGUUUCUCUCUGCAAUAUUUCCAGGAGAAACUCCCUUGCUUUGAUCCCAUAGUUCUCCCAUCUGCCCAUGACAGUGCCGAAGAAGUCAGACUGUAAUGCGUGGGGGAAGAGGUGCCUCGCAGCCAGACAAGCAGCCUGCACACAACUGCAGAAAGUUGCCUCUCUGCUCAUUCCGUGCCGUUGUUCCCUAGCGUAGACUGUCUGACAGGAAAGUAAAAGACUAGCAUUUCACAUUUCAUUGCUUUUUGGAACAUAUUUUGUUAACAUCUUCAGCCUUGUCUGUGUUUCCCUGCUUUUGAGUUCCCCUCUUUUUUAAGUCUUGACUUUUUAGAUUUGUUGCUGUAACCCAGUAUGAGAGAAAUGAUUGUAGAGAGAGUUGUUGGCUUUUACCUUCUCCAUAUGCAGACGUCUUUCCUUUCUUGUAAUCCCUACCUACCCCUUUCCUCUGAGCUGACUUAUUACUUCUGUACCACAGGUUUCUAACUUGUUUGAGAGGGUUGGCCUUGUUAUAUUGAGGGUCAAGAGCUCUACAGAUGCUCUGCGUUAAUAAAUGCUCUGCAAAACCAUUUAUAGCCACCCACAAACACACACACCCUCGCCCACAACCCCUCGAGAGAAAACCAUCCCAUCAUAGCUGGUCUCACCCACCGUUACUAUUUAACCUGUCCUCCUUCCAAAUGGACAGCCUCUGGAAACCCUCUAGAAACUCUGUCAGCCCCUGUAGUAAGUGGAAUGUGAUUGCACAGAUGAUAUCUGUGUUAUCCAGAGAUCUCUUGCUGCAGUCUUUCCAGAGUUUCUUUGUUAAAUUCAGAGCCACAGGCAUCUUCCCUUCUUUCUUUUGUGUAACCUCCCCUUUCCAAAACUCGCAUAAGAAAGUACAGAACAAUGGUCCUUCAGUAUCCUCUAUACCUGUCUCACAGUCCUUCAGGAGUGGAAGAGUAAGACUAUGCUAGUUUUCCCCUUCACUCUCCCUCACUUUUCAUGCCUUCUUUUCCUUCCCACAGAUAAGCAUGCCCUAGGAUAAAGACUGUUUCUUGACAGAGAAAUCCAAAACUGUGACGCAGAGCUACUGCUGAACUAGCAAGAACUAAGCAGCUACAUGCUGUUGGCUUCCCCGCUUUUCAAAUCAAAACAUUGUAUUAAAUCGGAUAGAAAGUAAGUUUUACAAAGUGGCAGCUGCCGUAGUUGGCACAGCAAGGGUUGGUGAUCACAAACAGGCAGCAAGUAGCACAGCAAGAUAAACUCUAUUGCAAAAUUUUGUCUGAAUUAAUAGUUUGAGAAGUGUAUUGGAAGAUUAACUGCUGCGUGAGAUUUCAAGUUCCUGCUUAUGUGCUAUGUCCCAGGUAAUUCAGUAUAAACUUUCUCCACUCCUAAUAAAGGUGUAACAUUUUGCCUGGUAUUUUUAUCUUUAUAUAAUUCUGUUUAUUUGUUGUAAUGACCUGUGUGUCCUUAGGAAAUUAACAUUUUCAGAGGAGUAAGUAUUUGUAAAAAAUACAAUGAGCAGUUCUUCAGUGUCAUCAUUGCACAACCUUGUCUUGUUCAGAUAUACUUGUAUCAUAAACCCAUCAGCUAUAAAGCUAGUUUGCCUCAGAUAGAGCUGAAGAGACAUCAGCUAUUGGCUGAGCAGUCUGAAAACAUGACUAUGGUAAUGCAGUCUAUGGCUGAGCUGGAAAUCAUUUGAAUUGAUCCCUUGAUAGUUUACCCGUGGGACUGAUUCUUACUGUUGCACCGAAGUGCAAUGUAAAAAGAAGAAUGACUUAGUGUGAUUUUCAUAUAAAUCAGUCAGAUCGCUGCUUGAUGUGUGUUAAGUAACACAGAGAACCUGAAUAGUCAUAGCCUCUCAAAAUCAGUACGCUGCUUCAACUUUUGUGUAUGUAUGUGUGUGUGUGUAUAUAUAUAUCUACAUUUGUGUGUACAUGUGGAUAUGUAUGAAUGUAUGCAUGGGAAAGUAUCAAUGUAAGAUGAAAAACUUGAUAAAUUAUUUUGUUUUGGCUUACUUCAAAAUGUUUUAAGUGUUUGUGUUUUACAAGUCCAAAGUGAAUCCUGCUGUUUGUUAAAGUAUCCCCUAGUUAACACAGUGUGUGGUUUCCCAUGCAAGCUGGAAGAGUUUCUUCCAAAUACUUGAUUAAUCUAUGAGAGACAGCAAUUUAUCUAAGGGGUGCACAGACUCCCACGAGAAAGGUGUUUGUCAGCUGUCCUUGUGUAGUACUAGAUACAAUUUCAGCAGAAAAGUUCUGUAGGCUGUGCCUCUGAAAUUAAACUCAACUGGCUUACUGGCUUUUAUAUUAAACUGUUUCACACAUGGUCAUGGGUAGAUCCUUAAGUUCCCUCACAAGUACUUACAUUGAAAAUAAAAAUACAGGCUCUGUAUGAUUAAGGGGCAUGCCAUAAGUGAGCAAUGUCUGAGAUGUAACAUAGGAAUAUCAAAUAUCAAACAUUCAUGACAAAUAAAUACAGACUAAACUCGCAAACUUUCUGAAGUCUGUCCUCACCUGAAAAUUGUCUCCUCUUAUUUCGUCACUGUCUGGCUCCUUAUGCCAAUAAAGUAUUACAGGGUUGUCCCAUAGUUUAAUGUGCUCUCUUCUCUUCAGUUUAGGCGUAUUUUUCUUCAGUAUUUUUACAAGAAGCUUCUGCUUACUCACUGAUGAAAAUUUAUGAAUUGCAACAAUGUACUUGAACUGUAUAACCCAUUUUAAUCAGUCAGGUUUAAAACCCUUUAACUUACAGCAGCCUCUGAGAAUUUGCUAUGGCCCACCAGAGUAGCCAGGCCAUCAUUUCAGAGCCACCAAAUUUGGCUGAUCCUCUUGCCCUUUCCCCUCUACAACUCUGCAAAGAGGUGGUAUUUGCAGGAAACCACGACAUUUGCUAUGGCAGUGUAUUUAAUAUACAGUCACAGGGCUGGGCAUGAUCUGUGUUAAUGGGAUUGUGCAAGCUACUGGGAGAGACUGACCCCUUUAUGCAUCAGUCCUAGGCAUCAGCAUUAGAUCUAUGUACCUGGGAAGGCAGCAGCCUCCCAGCACUAGACUAGCACUAACAUUACCUCCUUGGGCCCUUUGCUGUAUGUGAUUAAUUUUUCUCAUUAAGCACUGAAGCUGUUUUGUAGUCCUUAAGCUACAAGUCCCAUAUUCCACUACUAUAUUUGGCAUCUCCCUGUGACCCAGCAAAGUCAGCUUUGCUCCAAGGGGCAAGACUGCAAAACCCAUCUUGGACCAUUUGGCUGAAAAUACUGAAAUUGCCUGCCACAUGACAACAGUCAACUUGCCAGCAUAGGUGUCUGUCUUUGCAUGGCCAGAAAAUAUUGCUGUGGGUGACAGCCUGUAUGUCACAUUUCAUUGUCUGUAUCCCUAAGUUUAGAUUCUCUUAGCUUCUUGCAAGGUACUCUUUUGAAACUGUGAUAUUAAUCUACAGCAGCAGAUCCCAGAUUGUUAUCCCUGAUCCACUUUGGUCACUGAGGCCCCAGUAAAUUAUCUGUGAAACCUCACCUGCCUUGCCAGUGUCUCCAGUUAAAACCUCAGUGUGUUCAGGUAAGGAGAGCCUUUGCUUCAUGUUCUUGAAUGCAUGGAGUAACCUUUCUGUGAAGGAAAAAAAGCAUCAAGCAGCUGUUUGGCAAUGUGUGUUUGAAACUUGAUCUUAUUAUUUAUAAACUAGGGUUUAACCUUUUAAAAUAUUUAUUAUUAUUAUGUCUCAGCAGUAUAAUAACAUC